AUGGAUAGAUACAACCAAGACAGCGGCCCGUCGUCGCUCGCGAUAGAUGCUCCCGAAGCGUCACCUCUUCUGGGCCUCUUCCACCCAAAUAACAGCUUGGGUACGGCAUCAAGCUAUACGCACGACUCGAGCAGCUUCUAUCCCGCCAGUGGGUCGAUCUUUCCAGAUGGCAGGCUGCGUCUGAAUACAAACUCUACUCCGUCGACGGGCAUGGCACAUGUCCAACUUCACAACCACCGUACUACGACCUUGCCACAUCUGGGCCCUCACAUCAACAACUCCCGAGAUCAGUUUCCCAACUCAGUCGCACCAUAUAGACGAGUAUCAGAUCAAUUCACCCGGUCCCCUUCCUUCCACGGAUCUAGAAGACAACAGUUGACUGGGUCACAGAACCCAUUGACAGGUUACACACCUCCCGUCACAAGAAUGGAUUCGUCGCAUCAGUUUACUCACAGGCCUGGCCAAAAUGACGUCCCUCCACUCCUACCCAUGGAGAUGAUGGGUACUCUGCAGUAUUUGGACCCGAAUAUGACAAACAUCAAACCAGACAUCUCGGGCGUCAUCGACAAAGGGCCGUUUCUGUCCUCGGAUCGGGAAUGGACGUGUUACAGGCGGAAUUAUCUGGCGUGCAUUUGCUCCUUCAGUCUCAGUCCUAGUUAUCCCGGCGCUGGGAUACAAUUCACACCUACACCGAUGACCGGGACGAGCACGACGCAAACGUUUCAAGUCUACGGGUUUGCCAUGUGCAUAUCGGCCGUAGUGGCGGACAAUGAGCAGCACGCCAUUGAACUUGUCCAGCACACACCAAAGAGAGACAAAGGCCCAAUAUCCAAGCCGUGCAAGACUCCCAUUGCGCCAAAGACCAGCGCAACGCCACAUAAUCCUUCGCUUAGCAUAUACGGGGAUGGCUCAGGCCUUUCCAGCUCCCGAAGUCUCUAUGCCGACGGAUUCGGCGGUCAGACCAACGUUGGCCAACAGGUGCCAACCGAACAUACCUUUGAGCGUAUCCAGUUCAAGCAGGCAACCCAGAACAAUGGCAAGAGACGGGCGGCGCAACAGUACUAUCACCUGGUGGUUGAGUUAUGGGCAGACGUCGGAACUCAAGCCACGGAGCAGUUUGUCAAAGUUGCAUUUCGGAAAUCAGCAAAGAUGAUUGUUCGCGGCCGCUCCCCAGGCCACUAUCAAAACGAACGACGCAACAGCCAAGGAAAUGGCACAGGUGGUGCCGCUGGCAGCGGAGGAUACCGAUCCAUGGGCCCAAUGGGAGAUUUUGGCAAUGGUUCUGGCAUGACGGGACCUGGGCUUGGAGGCUACAAUUCAGCGUACGACGGUCGUGGCACCAAUUACAACAACGUCAGGCACCAAGAAAUGUCUCCGGAGAGCAUCUUCUCCUCAGGCGACGACAAGCCCUCCAACAAGGCAUAUCAGUACUAUGCUGGCGGAGCAGGGUCGUCCUCAUCGUAUGAAAGUCAUAGCGACAGGGUGGACUUGUUUGGUCACAGAAAUGGCACAGACACGUUGCACUCGAGCCUUCCGAGCCACGCCACCAACGAACGCAAAGUCAAGCCCGAGUUUGACUUCAACAUGCUGCCCAGCCCUUUCAGCGGGGGAGCACGGACGGACGAUCAUCAUCGAGAACGUUUUGAUGGCCGGCCCAGUCCGGGUGGCUUCUACCCAUCAAUUGUGCCGCCAACCGGUCUUGGCGCUCUUUGA